AUGCCUGGCGAGCCUCGCUGCGUCUGCACGGCGGAACGUCUUCAGGAACAAGGCGGACGAAGGAAGGAGGCCAGGAUUCAAAGAGGAUGGGAUGCGACAAACGGCGCUUGCGCGAUUAUUUGCCUUGCUGGGACAGAAUGGCUUCGAGAGCUACGAGAAGAGAGAGCGAGCGCGCGGUCAAGCGUGAGCUCGCUCGACGCUCGGGGCCGUGAUGUCCUGCGUGAUUCCUGUGAUCCCCUCGCUCGCUAUUCUCUUGGUUUCGGCUUGGAUGUCCUGGGCGCUCGGCCUGGAGCACACGCCAACCACGCCAGUGUCGCAUGCGGUUUCACCGGGUCCUUGCGCCAACUCUGCUCCUGCCAAACGCCCCCCGCCGGCGAUUCCGGCUGCAACCACGAAGGAAUCGCCGGACAGCACGGCUAUCACAGCGAUAUGGCGAGGAGGCGAACAGGCUACGGCAAGUGGACACGGGCUGUACGGGCAGAACUCAUGGCUUGUCAGCCCGGUCAGGUGGGACGGACAGGCACGGGCGCGGCGGGCGUGAUGGGAUGGGAAGGAGGCUAG